AUUGUACAACACCUCUGGAAGGUAAAUAGUUUAAGUUGUAUAUAGUGCUGGAACUACAUGUACUAAAGUAAUAAGAGGACACACUAUUAUGGAACAUAAUUAGAAACCGUACCCAUGGGAACCUCAUCUCGUUCGCAAAUUAUUAACAUAUGGGAAGCAUGGAUGUCAGAUUCGGUUAGAGAUAGAACUGGAGGGUAGGGUAUUGUUACUAGGUGACUUAGAUGAGAGACUACCCUGCUCUAACUUAUGGGCUUGUCCUUCCCAGCGUAUGUACAGUAACAAUGGUUCUGCCUCGUGCCCAGGCGCUAUAUAAAACGAUUUCGCAAACGAGUCGCUAUAUAAAAGGUUCACAUCAAGUAGUGCAUCAUUAUAGGCGCGAAAAGGGCGAUGGGAUAUGAGCGUUCUGGUUAGCGCCUGGCCGAUCUUGUAAUAGCUGUCGAACACUCAGGGGCGUCGCUAGAGGGGGUGUCGGGGGUAUAACACCCCCCAUUCAUCACUGUUUCGGCAAAUGUCUGCUAUAGACUCGGCAAAUGUCUGCUAGACUCGGCAAAUUGUUUUCGGAUUUACCGGCAAAUUGUUAUCGUGGCUCGGAAUAAAAAGUAAUAGUUAUAGCAAAAAUGUUACAAAAUGUGCGAAAAAUUACGGAAAACGUUAACAAAUGACGAUAUGUCAAGAAGAAUUCUCGUAUUUGGGGAAAAAUAACGUUUUGUCGGAAAUUUUUUUGUAUUCUCGGAAAAGAAAUAUUAAUUAGCGGUUGUAGUCACUCGGCAAAAUUCACUCUUAAACCCCCUCCUCCCAUUCAAAUAGGUGUAGCGACGACCCUGCGAACACUAAACAAGUAAACAGUAGAUCUAAAUUUAAAUGCCUUCAUGUAUAUCACCAGAAAGAAAUCAAGCUAUCCUUACCUAAAUUAUUCAAAAUAUUGUCGAUUGUUUGAAUCGUAAAAAUCCAACAUACUGCUUGAAAAUAAGCUCGUAACUGAAAUCUUGAGAAGAAUCUUACGAAUGCAUUAAUGCAAUACAAAAUAAAGUUUCACCGCUCCCUUGUUUAAAAAACUUCCUGCAGCUGUAAAUAUUUUUAGUAAAUUCCUCAUUGUGAUAAGGACGCAUUUAUAUAAACGUUAUUAUAUAAACCCUUCUACACCCUCGUUGACCUCUUGAGGUGUUGACAUCUUGAAUCAUUUAAAGGGUCAAAUGAUAUCAAAUAUCAUCGGACUGUUAUCCGCAUGUUUAAUUGAACAGUUUGAAAUGUUAUUUUCUCUAAACAAAUGGCAGAAAAAGCCCCCAAACUAUCGAAAAACCACGAUUUGCAAGAAACAGACGAACUUUUGCAAGAAACGAAACUUUUAAAAACUCCCAGCUAGGCGCUCCUCAAUUUUCGCUGCCACAAGAUCAUAAACCCCUGCGCUUGUUCGUCGCGAUGCACCACUUCAUGUAAACCUUUUAUAUAUAGUGACUCGUAUGUGAAUUUUUUUAUUAGCGCCUGGGGACGAGGUAGCCAAUGGUUCGUUAAUCAAACAUGAAUCAUUAUGGGUUAUCAAAUGUUCGUUAUCAAUGAUGGGUCGUGCGGUGGUUGCUUAAAGCGUCUUAGCAAAUUGUGAGGGGCAAAUUACUUAAUAUGGUUGAGCUUAUUUUUCAAUUUUAAUAACAACAAAAAUUUAAUCGGUUUUAGGAAAACAGGCCAGCACUGAAAUAAUUUCUACAAGUGUGGCUGUAACCGUACCUCUUGCCAUCGUGCUUGUUAUCUUAUUUGUAAUUCUCAUCAUUUACAAAAGACGACGCCAAUCUCCGAAAUUAUCGACCACUGUUCCUGCAGCAGAUACCGUUAUGCAAAAUCCAAGAAUGCGGCCAUUACCACAACCAUUGCAAAACAAUCAG